AUGUCUAUGAGACACUCUCAAACCAGUUCAACCUCUAAAACUGCGAGGAUAAUAUCUCAUCCCACCUAUCAAAACACCACUGGGUUCGUGGCUCAUUCCCCCGGUCAACUGACAUUCCUCCAAUGGAACUGCAAUGGUAUCAAAAACAAGACGGACGAACUCCAACAGCACCUCGAAACACACAAAAUACACAUUGCAGAAACAAAACUCAACUCCCGUUCCAAAGAGCCAGAAUUCGAUGGCUACUCUAUAUACCGCAAAGACCGUGGUCUUGGACAAGGCGGUGGUCUGGUCAUGUUAAUACACAAUAACAUCCCUUACUCAAUCAAACAACUACCUGACUCAAAUCCAAUAGAAUCCCAAGCCAUAAUCCUCAAUAUCAAUUAUCUGGGUUCCGUUGUCGCGGUAGUACCAGUUUAUGCAGCCAUCACACUGCCCCCACAAGGUACGAGUUUGGAUGACUCUCCCAGACCGAUGUCCACAGAACACAAACAUACAAAUUUUGUCCAAUCGACCACAUCUUAUUUUUUAAUUUUGCUUAUGCUUCAUUCAAAAAAUAGUUUCAAGGUCAAGGAAAUUUGUUACAAGCGUUGGUUUUGCACCAGAUUCAACAUAUUUUUAGUUUGCUCCGAAGCAGCUUUUGUUGGGCAUUGGUUAUCUGCAUAUAAUGCGAAUACAGAUGCACCUACAUUGUGGUUGUUCGCCAAAACAUUUUCCUAA